GUGCCUGAGCAUCAAGGUAAAGAGAUCCACCACUGCUUCUCCACACAGUCACCAGUGCACGCAGCCAAUGCGGCCGUUCUGAUUGGGGCGUAUGCCAUGUUGUCGCUGAACAUGGCUCCUCAAGGGAUCAAGAUCAUACUUGCAAAACUUAGUGUAAGUCGUUGGGGGAACUAA